UAAACUUUUCGCUGUGUGUUUGUACAGCGGAACGGAGACUGAAUGAAGAACGGAGACGGACUGAAGCAGCUUUUUCUCUCCAAAAGUGUCUGGAAGAAGAUGUGAAGAGAGUUGAUCAGAGUCAAACAUCUCGCCUGCAUUAAAGCAUGUCAGCACCCCAUCGUGGACUCUCCAGGGAACAGAGUGAAAGUUUAGUGAGAUAAAUCAGACUCUUCACAAGGACAAAGAUGAGUUCAACUCGAGAAAUCCUCCUGGGGAUACUGGAGGAUUUGACACGUGCAGACUUUCAGAAGUUCAAGUGGUAUUUGGCGAAUUAUGGGGUUCAUGAAGGGAUUGAACCAAUCCCAAAGAGUAAGCUGGAGGGAUUGAGCCUUCCUGAAAUGGUGGUAGAGAUGGACCAAACCUACAGCAGCCAAACUCUUGAAGUCACGAGGAUGAUUUUAAAGAGAAUGCGUAUGACCCACAUAUGGGAGAAACACACCAGAAACAUCUUUGAACCUGAAGGGCACAAAAGUCAUGAAGAGGAUCUUUUGUUAUCAGAAUCUAAGAAGUGUCAGGAAGAACUGAAGUCCAAGCUGAAGAGGAAGUUCCUGUUUGUGUCUGAGGGGAUCCCUAAACAAGGAAAGCCGACCCUCCUGAACCAGAUCUACACAGAGCUCUACAUCACAGUGGGAGGGACUGCAGAGGUCAAUCAGGAACAUGAGGUCAGACAGAUUGAAAAUGCAUCAAGGGAACCAGACACAGAGGAAACAAUUACCACACUAGACAACAUCUUUAAAGACUCACCUGGAAGGUCUAAACCAAUCAGAACGGUGCUGACAAAGGGAGUGUCUGGCAUUGGGAAAACAGUCCUGACACAGAAGUUCAGUCUGGACUGGGCUGAAGACAAAGCCAACAAGGACGUCCACUUCAUAUUUCCAUUCACCUUCAGAGAGCUGAAUGUGCUGAAGGAGGAGAAGUUCAGCUUGGUGGGACUUGUUCAUCGCUUCUUCAAUGAAACUGAAGAAGCAGGAAUUGACAAUUUUGAAAAAUUCCAGGUGUUCUUCAUCUUUGAUGGUCUGGAUGAGUGUCGACUCCCUCUGGACUUCCACCAGACUGAGACCCUGACUGAUGUUACAGAGCCCACCUCAGUGGAUGUUCUGCUGAUAAACCUCAUCAGGGGGAAACUGCUUCCCUCUGCUCGAAUCUGGAUCACCACACAACCUGCAGCAGCCAAUCAUAUUCCUGUUGACUGUGUGGACAGGGUGACAGAGGUCCGAGGGUUCACCGACCCCCAGAAGGAGGAGUACUUCAGGAGGUGGUUCAGAGAGGAAGAGCAGGCCCGCAGGAUCGUCUCCCACAUCAAGACCUCCCGAAGCCUCCACAUCAUGUGCCACAUCCCGGUCUUCUGCUGGAUCACUGCUACAGUUCUGGAGAAGGUGUUGAAGAGCAGAGAGGGAGGAAAGCUGCCCAAGACCCUGACUCAGAUGUACAUCCACCACCUGGUGGUCCAGGUCAAAGUCAAGAAGGUCAAGUAUGAUGGAGGAGCUGCUACAGAUCCACACUGGAGUCCAGAGACUAAGGAGAUGAUUGAGUCUCUGGGAAAACUGGCUUUUGAUCAGCUGCAGAAAGGAAACCUGAUCUUCUAUGAACCUGACUUGACAGAGUGUGGCAUCGAUCUCAAAGUAGCCUCAGUGUACUCAGGAAUGUUCACACAGAUCUUGAAAAAGGAGAAAGGCCUCCUCAACAGUGUGUUCUGCUUCAUCCAUCUGAGCUUUCAGGAGUUUCUGGCUGCUCUUCAUGUCCAUCAGACCUUCGUCAACACUGGAAUCAACCUGCUGGAUGGAAAACAGGAAACAUCCAGGAUGUCCAAAGAGAUGAAGACAACACCAAAUCUCCACCAUCUCCAUCAGAGAGCUGUGGACGAGGCCUUGAAGAGUCCAAAUGGACACCUGGACUUGUUCCUCUGCUUCCUCUUGGGUCUUUCACUGCAGACCAAUCAGAGUCUCCUUCGAGGUCUGCUGACACAGACAGGAAGUAGCUCACAGACCAAUCAGGAAACAGUCCAGUACAUCAAGAAGAAGCUGAAUGAGAGUCUGUCUGCAGAGAGAAGCAUCAAUCUGUUCCACUGUCUGAAUGAACUGCAUGAUGGUUCUCUGGUGGAAGACAUCCAAUGGUACCUGAGGUCAGGAAGUCUGUCCACAGACAGACUGUCUCCUGCUCAGUGGUCAGCUCUGGUCUUCAUCUUGCUGUCAUCAGAAGAAGAUCGGAAAGAGUUUGACCUGAAGAAAUACUCUCCUUCAGAAGAGGCUCUUCUGAACCUGCUGCCAGUGGUCAAAGCCUCCAACAAAGCUCUGUUGAGCUGCUGUGGUCUGUCAGAGAGAAGCUGUGAAGCUCUGGCCUCAGUUCUCAUUGUCAGCUCUCAGUCCUGCAGUCUGACACAUCUGGACCUGAGUAACAACGACCUGAAGGACUCAGGAGUGAAGUGUCUGUCUCUUGGACUGAAGAGUCCUCGCUGUAAACUGGAAGCUCUCAGUCUGUCAGGGUGUCUGGUCUCAGAGGAAGGCUGUGCUUCUCUGGUCUCAGCUGUGAGAUCCAAGUCCUCCCAUCUGACAGAGCUGGACCUGAGCUACAACCAUCCAGGAGACUCAGGAGUCAAACUACUGUCUGCUGCUGUGGAGGAUCCACACUGCAAACUGGAGACUCUCAGGUUGAGCUGCUGUGGUCUGUCAGAGAGAAGCUGUGGAGCUCUGUCUUCAGUUCUCAGCUCUCAGUCCUCCAGUCUGACACAUCUGGACCUGAGUAACAACGACCUGCAGGAUUCAGGAGUGAAGCUGAUUUCUGCUGGACUGAAGAGUCCUCGCUGUAAACUGGAAGCUCUCAGUCUGUCAGGGUGUCUGGUCUCAGAGGAAGGCUGUGCUUCUCUGGUCUCAGCUGUGAGAUCCAAGUCCUCCCAUCUGACAGAGCUGGACCUGAGCUACAACCAUCCAGGAGACUCAGCAGUCAAACGACUGUCUGCUGCUGUGGAGGAUCCACACUGCAAACUGGAGACUCUCAGUCUGUCAGGGUGUCUGGUCUCAGAGGAAGGCUGUGCUUCUCUGGUCUCAGCUGUGAGAUCCAAGUUUUCCCAUCUGACAGAGCUGGACCUGAGCUACAACCAUCCAGGAGACUCAGGAGUCAAACAACUGUCUGCUGCUGUGGAGGAUCCACACUGCUCACUGGAGACUCUCAGUCUGUCAGGGUGUCUGGUCUCAGAGGAAGGCUGUGCUUCUCUGGUCUCAGCUGUGAGAUCCAAGUCCUCCCAUCUGACAGAGCUGGACCUGAGCUACAACCAUCCAGGAGACUCAGGAGUCAAACUGUCUGAAGCUGUGGAGGAUCCACACUGCAAACUGGAGACUCUCAGGUUGAGCAGCUGUGGUCUGUCGGAAAGAAGCUGUGGAGCUCUGUCCUCAGUUCUCAGCUCUCAGUCCUCCAGUCUGACACAUCUGGACCUGAGUAACAACGACCUGCAGGUUUCAGCAGUGAAGCUGAUUUCUGCUGGACUGGAGAGUCCUCACUGUAAACUGGAAGCUCUCAGUCUGUCAGGGUGUCUGGUCUCAGAGGAAGGCUGUGCUUCUCUGGUCUCAGCUGUGAGAUCCAAGUCCUCCCAUCUGACAGAGCUGGACCUGAGCUACAACCAUCCAGGAGACUCAGGAGUCAAACAACUGUCUGCUGCUGUGGGGGAUCCACACUGCAAACUGGAGACUCUCAGGUAUGAACUCACAACCGGAGCUCAUCCUGGAGACUGAGAUGUUCUUCACAAUGUCUCCAGUUGAUGAUCGGACAGGAUUUACCAGGAGGAGGUUUUAAUACUCUCAUGUGAGAAGGCUCCUAAAUGUUAAACACAUAUGUAACACUCGCUCUAUCAUUAUCACACCACGUGCUCUGUCUUUGACAGGUUUAGAAGAGCACUUUAUCAAAAACAAACAAGGAAAAUAAAACUAUGAAUAAUCCGUCAGAGACUUAAGUGUUGAUCAUGUCCUCUCCCCUCUUGCCGCUCUGUAGACCAGACAGAGAUGCCCACUCUCCUCCUCCCUUUUUCCUCACCUCAGAGCCACUGGCAAAACACAUCAGGAAGAGUCAGGAUAUUAACAGUGUUAUUUAAGACAAGAGCACCUUAGUGAUUUAUGCAGAUGACACUUUACUUUUUUAUUUUUUGCCCGGAGGUCUCAGUGCUGGACAGUCUUCCAAUUAUUUACUCAGUUUGUUCAAUAUCUGAACAGUGUCAGAACGCCUCUUGGCCAGUCACCACUGGCAUCAACUUACAGGUAUAAUUAUGUUGUGGAUCAACUUUAAGGUUAAUUUGAUGUAUUUGUUAAAGUUAGGGUAGACGAUGUUGUCCAAAAGCACUUUUUGUCAUACUGAGUGAAAUGCUCCUUG